UCGAUAAAUUUAGCCAUGACUCAUUCAAAUUUUUCAAAUCGGGUACUAACGUACCGAAGUCUUGAUAAAUAUUGUGUAAAAAUUCAAAAUAGUACGGACCUGUCGAGGCUAGCGAGAACGGAUGCUGCAAAAGCAGCGCAGACAAUUAUUGAUCAGUCCUGCCUUCUGGCCGCCAUUCGCACCUCAUCCUGCAGUAUUGCUAGGGUUGUAAUAGGGAAUACACUCACAUAUAUACAUUUUCUGGAGUUAAAACUCUACAAUUUCAAAAAAUUACACCAAGCGAGUGGACCGCGCAACAGUGACAUUACGUUUACUGAUGAUGCAGAUAUCGAGGGAAGUGGAAUUGGAGAGGUGACCCAUGAUCUGGAAUCAAGUGGGUCUGGCUUUGGACCAGAUGAUGAGGAUACACCUCUAAAACCAAGUGGAUUUAAUCCUAAUGUACAUCCUGAGCCGGAGAUCACACCUCCGAAGAAAUCUGUGCCCACGGACCGCGAACGAGAAGAUUCGAUCGAUCAGGAAUCAGCGACCAGCCCAACGAAGCAUACAGUACCAGAAGUGAUCAUGAAUAGGAAGCCGGAAGAUCGCCAUACUUCAUUUUUCGCCCAGCCGGGUAUCCUGGCAGCUGUUAUCGGUGGAGCGGUCGUCGGGCUUCUCUGCGCCAUACUGGUAGUGAUGUUUAUCGUGUAUAGGAUGCGUAAAAAAGACGAAGGAUCCUACGCCUUAGGUGAACCCAAACAGUCGCCAACAACAACUUCAUAUAGCAGAGGUAACAACAAGGAAUUCUACGCCUGAAAAUAGUGUUUUUAAAAUAAUGGACUUAACCUUGACGAUCUGCAGUGGGUUAGUCUGAAGGACACGCUAGAGACUGAAUCUCUGCUUGUAGUGCAGCUUAAUUGUCAAAUACAAACAUUUACAAGACAUACUCAUAAAUAAAACGCACACUAUAAUAAAUUGAGAAUGCGUUUUUGAAAGUUUCAUUAUCUCGAAAUACGUAAUUUUUGUUUCUUCAGUAAUACAUGUUUUCAGUAAAUUUAUUUUUUAUAAAAGUAUUGAAAGUUUUUAAAUAAGAUUCGGUCUAAUUGCCAAAAACUGCCAAUGGUGUGAGUGAACAGUUAAAAAUGUGUAAUGAAAAUGGGUUUCAUUGUUUUUUGAAAUAAAUGUCUGAAAAGUUGUUAGUUCAUUCAUCGCAUUUACAGUGGAAUGUGUAUAUAUAAAUGUAUCAAACAAACAAAAACACUAAAUGUUUUUCGUCCAUUUUAUCUUUGGGUAUAUAGUACAAAUUUAUCUACAUCCUUUUAAGUUAUUCUUUAUAAAUUCUUUUUAGUUUUAUAUGUUUUCGACUGGUACUGCAUGAUAUUGUUUUAUCGUACUAUAUGCUCAAAAUAUACUUAAAGGUACCUAUUUAAUAUAGUAAUAAAUAAUUAAAGUAAGAAAAGAAAUGACUAAAUAACCCACAUAGGAAUUAGUAACGAACGAUGAUAGAUAUGUGAUGCAGGAUUUUGCAUAUGCUCAUAAGAUAGCAGUUCAGAAAACUUUGUAACAUUCCGCUUUCUUAAUUAAAACUUGUUGUUACUAUAUUGUAGCUUUUUACUUUUAUUACUUAAGUGUAUUUAUAAUGAGCCUUGUAAAUUCCUGCAAUGAAAAUGAAAAAAUCAGCGGACCACUGAUAUUUUCGUUUUCUUUUCUGCCAAUGUCUGUUGCUCUGCAGGUCACAUAGUGUAAAUAUAAUAGUAAGCAUUGCAGCUAUUAAUAAUUACAGUACAGAUUGCAAUAUACACCAGCACUGCGUACUAUUAUACAUGUUACAAUUAUCGAAUUGUUUUUAUAUUUAUUUAACCAUUUACGUUGAUCGGGAAAACAUUUAUAUAAUGUGAAUUAUAUAUCUUUACUACUUCAAUAACAUUUUUUAUUAUACAUGAUUGUAGUUCUUCAAUAACAAUUGUAUAGUAUUGAAUAGAAUAAUAAAAUAAGUAUGUACGCACGAUGUUAUAAGUUGGUUUAAUAAUAAUAAAUCAAUGUAAAUAAACUUGGUGUCAAUCGCGAAACACUGACUGCAACUAAAGUUAUUAAACCUACUUAGGAAAUGUUAAGUUCAAUUUUAAAUAGGCGGUUCAACAUAACGCGUAUUUUUAAGUAUAUGUAACGUUGGAUUGUAUGGAACCUGUUGUUCAAUCCACUGUAGCAACAUCAUGUCUACAUACUCAAAUGUGUACAAUCCGGUUGUAAAUAAAUGAAAUCUGAA